UCAUCGCCAUAAUAAAACAGUCGUCGUGAACGGUCCAAAUUGGUCACAUGCAUCAGCUGGUAGAGCUAGAAGGAAGGAAGUUUUGUGAUCUAUCCAAGAAAAAAAUUCUUACGAGCUAUAAAAUCUUUUAUUCUUGCUGCUCCGGUUGUUAGUCGAUUGUUGAGUUGAUUCGUGGCGAUAAGUUUGCCUUCAGGAUGAGGACUCAAGGAGUUGCCUUGGUGCUUGUACUGCUGACCAUUUCCGGGACAUCGGCAGAUAUUGGAGACUUCUUCUCGAAGCUGUUCAGUGUUUUUCAUCCCAAUGGAUCCAAUAGUUCGAGCAAUGCUACGGAAACUUCGACGAGUGCUCCAAAUGUGACAGUGACGACUUUGAGAAGUGUUGACAGUGAAGAUGCUAAGACUACGGAAGGUCUGGAAACAACUACUGAUUGGUUGUUCGAAUCGGAUUCAAUUAUUGGCGGUAAAAUGAGUGCAGUUGAAGAGAAUUUGAUCGCUGUAAUUCCACUGAACGCGACUGUGAUUAAUACCAGCUCAGCACCCACUGAGGCUGGUUUGAAUGCUACAACCGAGAAAAUAGUCUUGACAACUGUCAAUUCCACCUCCAGUGAAGCAAUAACAGUGAUAAUAAUAGAUGUUGAAAGUACUACAGAGCUUACAACAACUGAUGAUACGACAGUUCAAGAAACUACUGAAACUACUACCCCUUCAACUACUUCAACAACAGUUGAAGUGAACACAACGACGGUGAUCUACAAACUAUUUCACCCAAACACAACCACAACUACUACGGAGCUCCCUUCUUCGACAACAACGGUUGAAGGAAGCAACUCUACUGUCACUUCUCUAAACGCAACUCUAGCUGGAAAUUCUUCCACUGAAGCAUCGAUCUCAAAUUCAUCGGAAACCACAACUCUGGCAUCUUCGACAAACUCUUCAACACCAACUGAUACGCCAACAACUUUGCCGAACAAGUCAGAAACGACCACUUUAUCAACUUCGCUGUCGAACUCAACAGAAACCACCUCAGUAACACCAAUCAUCAGUAGCACCGAAAAACCUAACGUAUCAACAACGACUCCAGCAUCAACAAACACUUCGACAACCUCAACGGAAACCACCUCCUCUGCAAUCAGCUCAACGACAUCUACAAACGUAGACAACUCAUCAACCACCCUUGUGACCCCACUAGCGAAAUCCAUCAUCAUCAAUGGAGUGAUGUGCAAUACAACCUUCUACCCAGAGACCAAUUCAACUACAACAACCUGCGAAAGUAGCCAAAGAACCUCAACUGUAUCCGGCAAUAACAACUCGACUACGGAACAACAGCCGACCACAACAACUACUAGUACCUCUACAACAACAGUGAAGAGCAUCAGUCGUAGAAGGCGUGCCGACAACAACGAAUACCCUUCGAGUGCACCAGUAGGCGAUGACGACGGUGAUGACGACGAUGAUGAAGGGGAGGUGACGUUUGUGUACAACGGUGAAGAAGCUAGUACCACCCCAAGUUCACUCGAUGAACCAAAGGUGGAGUCAAACCGACAGUAGAAGCUCAGUUAGAAACAAUUGAAAAGAGUGACAACUAAACAUUCUAUUUAUGCGUGAACGAACGUGUGCUACGAAGGGUCGGCUGAUCCUUCUUAGUCUAGCUACUUAAUGCUAUCUGCUGUAUAUAGAACGUGUGAUAUUUGAGUAAUAAAUAAGAACUACA